CGGAAUUUUGAGUCCGGAUAGAACGUCUUCGGAUCGAAUUUCGAUACCUAUGGGGAAGAAAACCUGUCUUCAGAUUUUCUGCGGAAUAACAUCUCGAGUGCUUAAUUGACCUGACCAGUGAUCAUUAUGAUCCGAUACGUGUCCGAAGAACGUAGGGACUCCAUGAUAGAAGAUGUGGAACGUUUCGUGUUGAAGAGAAGGCUUUCAGACGGACAUCUUCUGCAUGACAUGGGUACUUUUCAUUUAGCCCUUGUCCUCUGUGCAGACCAUUGCGUGUAUGAUCAUCAGAUUUAUAGUCGGCACUUCCUGCCGUCAAAGUUUGAUGACCACGAUGGGUGGUUGACAUUCAUACCUGAACAGACUUCAGACAAAUAUUUACUCACAUACGUUCGGGAGAUUCCCAAAGACAUGGGCGACAUUGAAGAUGAGCUUUCCUACUUAAAUAUGUCCUCAGAUGAUCUGUCAGAGAACUUGUUCACCGCUGAGGAUGACUAUGGAAACUUUGUCUAUGUGCUUUUGACACACGAUCCAGUCCAAGGCCAUAUCAGGGAGGCCCAUAUAUCAAUGCACUCCUUUGAAUAUAUACUACUCAGACCAACGUUAAAAGCUGAGAUUCAGCUUGAUGCUCAUUUGGCAUCAUGUGUAUUUCAUGAAAUGAGCUGCUCGAGAGAGUUCAGGAGGCGAUUUCUACAUUUUAUUAGGAAUCUAAGGUGUUUCAAAAGGUGCUCUGAUGACGUGCCCCACAGUGAACAGAACCCUGAGAUCAGUGCUAACCUAGAUAUCCCAUGCCUGGUAGAGAUACAUUUGAUCUGGCCAAAACAGAAGCUAGAUUAUGCUUGGGAGUAUCGGAUACAGGGACAAGUGGUGAAAAGGACCCAGUUGGAGGAGAACAUGGCCUGGCUCAGCACCUUGGGGGGAGGAUAUGCUUCCCUGGGGGACUAUUUUAGACAUCAUGCUGUGAAGGCUGGCCAGAUCUCUCUUCAUCAACUGGCUAUAUCAUUAGAAUUAGGUGACCCAGUAUCAGCUGCAAAGUGCCGGCUUUUCUUUGCUCAAAGUCUUCUUCAAUGCGGGUACCUAAAGUCUUGUAAAAAGAUUAUCAGAGAGCAGUAUAAAUUUGCCAGAAAGGAAUUAGUGAGAGAUGAGAGACUGGAAGCUAUGUGUAUUGCACUUUGGAACCGUUUAAAAUUCAUCCACUCCUUAAAAAAGAACAACAGACUGCCUCCCAAGCAGCAUGUCUCAGCAUUUCUUCCCCUGAUAUCGAAGAACUCCUGAUGUUAUAGUGGAAGAACAAUAAUCUGAAGUUCUGUAAGGCUAAACUUUUCUGUUUGGAGGAUCUACACAGUGGAUAGAGGUUGUUAUUUGUCUUCCAUGGUAAUUUGAGACUCAUUUAAAACAUUUCAGUUUUUUUUUUUAACAUGUAUGGUUUGCUGAACUGUUGUUAGGAAAAUGUGUUGUUUUUUUUUUUAAGGUAACAUUUUUAAUGUUUCUAUCUCAACAUGAGAUCUCAUAGGUGAUAUUACCACCUGUGCCAUAGGUGAACAUUGUUAAUGUCAUUGCAUUUACAUGUACUAUAAAUGUAUCAGUUUAAUUGUACGAUUUGUUAAGCAACUUCAGGGAGACUUGGCUGGCCUGUUCUCGAAUAUGCCGUCUUUACUCUAAAAAUUUGCCAAAAAAGUGCAUUUGAACAGGCAUGUAAAGGUCAUAAAAUACAACUGUUGGUGCUGAACAUUCAUUGUAGUAUAUCAUCCUGCCCACCAAACAAAUCUCAAAAUAUCUUGCUAAGGUCACCAGAACUCUCAGAAUCAUGCAAAAGGAGUAACGUAGUCUUUGACAUAUUUUAGGUAAAAUAAAACACAUGUCAGCAUCAAUAUCUUGUUUCCCUGAGGUAAUUUUAUCACUUAACGUGUUAUUUUUCUAGAGAUAUUGCAGAAGCUCAUUCUGUCAACAGCAUAACAUUCGCAAAGAAAAAAGAUGUCCUACUUGUUUGAUAUGGCACAUAUAGGACAAUGGUAUGUUAAUAGUGACGUAUAAAGUAACGUUCGGCAAAUGUGCGAUAAAUAAAUGUACUCCGCUUUGUGAAAGUGGCCCCUCCAAACAGGAGGAGAGUUUCUAAACGUUCAGUUAUACAUGUAUAUGCAUGUUGCCGAUGUUUGUGUACUUCAUAAGAUUGCUUUAAUACUGACAUGUGACCUUUUUUUGUAGCAGGUAAAUGCUGUGGAAAGUACAGAUAUUUUUGUACAAAUUGUGUAAAUUUACCAUGAUAACUUAUGUUCACCUGGUAGUCAGUGGUUACGAUACAGAAGAUGCUCCAGGUCUGUUACUAAUACUGCUGAAUCUUUGUCUACUCACCUACGUGUAUGUGUUGCCGAAGUCUAAUGAGCUACUCUAGUAAAUUUGAGAGACUCCUCUGCAUUGCGGAGCAACACAAGCAGCUACCUACAGUAGAUCGUGAAUGACCCCAGUAACACGAGUCACUCUUGAAUAUCUUAAAAGUCCCAUGUGCGUGUGUUGCCGUUUAUCACGAACAACUCAGGUAAAGCUUGACAAACCCCUGUGUAUUGCUGAGUGACAUGAGGUACCACUAUUUUAAAAUUUUUAGUAGAUCUCGAAGGAACCUUGUGUGCUGCUGAUAUUGAAACACAGGUAACUGUCAUUGAAAGAUCUGCAUGUUGCCGCAUACAGGAGCAACUCAUGUUAAUCCGGAAAUACCUUUUUUGCUAAGUAACACAACUAAGAGUAAAGAUUGAAAGACCUCAGAAGUUGCCAAGUAACAUGAGCAGCUACAUAUAUGUACUGUAAAUCUUAAAAUACCUCUGUGUUGUCGAGUAACUUGAACAACUCUGGUACAGUAGAUAUUGAAAGGCCUUCAUGUUGAUCUGUUGAUCACAUAAGAUUUUGUUAGCAGUUAAUCCAAACCAGGUCUUGAUACUUUCUAUGCGAAUUUGGAGAUCAUGCUAGUGACCAUCUGUAAGAAUUCCACAGUCUCACCAGAGGCUGGAUACUGGCAGACUAUAGCCUUAUCGGCUUUUCUGCUCUGACCGUUACAUGUAGCUGUUCUAAAAAUGUGAAGUCUAGGUGAUCUCUCAAUCAGGCAGAAGGGUAGAUUAAUCCCAUCAAGCCAAAGCAAUAUCCGUAUGUGGGAAGGUCUGCCAGCAACAUACGGGUGGCCGUGGGUUUCCACCGGGCUCUGCCUGGUUUCCUCCCACCUUAAUGCUGGCAGCUGUCAUGUAAGUGAAAUAUUUUUUAGUAUGGUGUAAAACAUAAAUCAAAUAAUUCACAGCAAUAUCUUUGAGUACCUUUUCUACCUCCACUUUUUUAAUCGGGUGCAAUGGGAGACAACCUAUAACAUUAUGGGAUUGCUCCUGGAGUAAUUAAUCAUGACAUGCUGUACUUGAGUGGAUAUAUGGCUAUACUAUAUAUCUUAGAUUCAGGAUCACAUCCAAGGGAAUAUGUAGAGUGUAUCAGCUAAUACCAAUAUGAGGUGUGUUGUGAGAAAAAGGCAUGACCAUGCCUCAUGUACUGAGGUAAAAUACAAAUUUCAUCUACUAUUAACUGAUGUUUAUAAAAUGGUUACCCUAAUCCUGCAAGCUUUUCAACCGCCUCUGCAACCAAUAUUUUCAAACAUUUUGAGAGGACUAUAGGGUGUAGAGAAAUAAUUUGCACAGUUUUAUGAAGCUUGGAUCUUUAUUGACACGAACAUAUAAUUUUUAGCAGCAUUUUCAUCAUAAUUGUAUGCAUGAAUUCCACAGGAAAAAGUGCUUUAGUGGUUGAAAAUCAAGAAGAUUAAAGUGUUCAAGAAACAACACCUACAAAUUUACACUUCUGGAUGUAAUAGAAAUCCAAAGAUUGAACUAACUGAUGUUCACAAAUACUGUAUUUUUUGUAUUGAAAUGUAUUUUUUUCAUACUAACCUCUUUCAUGUACGUCUUAAUGUUGCUGUCAUAGCACAUGGCUAAUCUCAUUCACAUGUAGUUAGUUGAACUUACAUGCUAAAUAUCUCAAGUGCUCAGGUGUACUCAGGUGUUAUAUAAAAAUAUGUAAAUGAAUUUGAUGUGAAAUGUUUUGACAUUUUUUGUUAUCCCGGCAUGUACUAAAUUUAUAUUGCUUGUAAUUCUCUCAGAGUCAUUAAUUAUUAUUUACUUCAAUUCAUAUAUUAUGGUUACAGUAAAAGUAUUUAUGAAUUUUACAAGCAUAACAUAGUAUAUACAUUCAUAUUGAAUUGGCUCAUUUCUUGUUGAAAAGCUCAAAAGGAGAUCGAGGUUGUGUGUUUGGGAAUGAAGUCAGUUUUGGCAGUCUCCAUUAUCUACAUUUUUUCAUGUAAAAGUAGACAAAAAAAACUGUCAACGAAUGUACAGCUUAUUUGUAUAGCGAUUCAUGAGUAGUUUUUACUAAUUUCUCCAACGUUUAAUGUUACAAGCAUAUUACCUUAAUUUGCAUAGGGGUGCUUUGCUGAAUCAAAGAGUGCCCUUGGUGUCCCAAUUACGCUGUAGCUUGAAGCCAAGACAUUUGUCCGAUACGGAGUGAAGGCCAGCAAGGUGUCUUUUAUAUGGACAUGACAGGUUUUUUUAGUUGGUCAAUGCUGUGAUGGGAAGUGCAGAUAUUUUUGUAGAAGUUAUAUAAAUUUACCAUGAUAAGGAUUGCUUAACAGAAGAUUCUCCUUGCCUUUUACUAAUACUCAGUGAAGUAAAAUGAGCAACUCUAGUAAAGAUUGAAUUUGAAAGACUCAUUGUGAAGGUUGUGAAGGAAAACAGUCUAAUCUGGUUUCCACCAGCAACAAACCUCGCUGCUAUCAGGGGUGAAAUGUUCCAGAAUACUUUGUGGAACCCAACUCAAAUAAAUAAAUAUAUCUGCAAUAAAUUUGAUAUGUCAUGUGCGUUUUGACAUCAGUGAAUAUUGUAAUUUAGUUGUUUUGAAGAUUGUAUGUAACCAUGGAGGUAUGACAUGGAACAUCAAAGGGGAGAUUUCAUUCAGAGUAGAAAGGCACAGUAGGUGUGUCUGGUGGGGUUGCUGGGCUGAUUGGGCGAGUUGUUCCUCCUUUCAUAUAUAGCUCCAUGGUGUAACACUUUAAGCAUCCGGAGAUCACGCGUAAAUUGUUAAGGACAGAAAUGUGUAGUUCAGUCUUCCACCUUUUGAUUGUGCUCCUCUGCAUAUAGUUACAUUGAAUGAAGAUUGUUCAGUUAUAAUAUGUUAACAAGUCUACUGUUGAUAUGACAGUAAUAAUAAUGUUGGAAAGUCUACCAUUCCUCAACUGAACAUAAACACAUAGGCUUUUAACUACCUUUUACAUCUUUACGUUUCUCGUUUCACAAUGCACACACAGUGUUAAUAAUACCUAUUGUGCUGGUUGCCAUCAAAGUUAUGUGCACACAAGGCAACAUGUGCUUUGUGAAAGAGGCCGCUGAUCUGAUUGAUUGUGCAGCUUCUUUCUGUACGUUUAGAACAAAAACUUGAUAAAGGAAGACUCGGCAGUGAAUAAACGACAUUUUAACCUCAUUUAUCCUUCAUUUUGC